AUGGUUGUCUGCAUGAAUUCCGUCGCCGAGAAAACCGUGACUUGUUAUCUUUCACGUACCUUGUCGGAAGAAUAUGACGACUUUUCGGCGCCGUACCUUUCAAAGCAGUUGGCCGCCUACCUCUUCAGCCUGCUGCCACCGCAUCGAGCUCAAUGUCCCUCUGCGCUCUGCGAGAAGCAUUCUCUUUUCGCUUUGCUUGAGAUCCUGACUGUGAUGUGGACAUCUUGCCUGCAAGGAGAACUAGAUGAGUUUGAGUGGAAGCCAACUCUGGUCUCACCUAUGGGAAUUGUUAAGGUUGGUUGCCUGAUAACUAUGCGCUCAGAGAAAAGUGACAUUGGACCGAUUCCUUGUGCGAGAGCUCGAACAUGGGUGACUGCGGUCUUGAAUAUUGCGCCACUUGAUAUCAAGGGCCUACUUCGAACAUACCUUUCGGAGUAUGAUGAUGAUGGCUAUGGCCAUAUUGCCUUAGGUCGUUCCUUUGCUAUUGAAAUGGGCUCCCUGAUACCGCAGAGUGAUCCACGACUAGGAUCCAUUGGGGGGUUACAAUGCACGUGA